AGUCACGUCUGCGGGGAGCGCGACCCUGUGUCAAAGCCCCAGCAUGCUAAAUAGUCGACGACGCCGAGUCGCAGCGGACUUUUUGUUAACUGAUUUGCUUUCAUUAAUUGCUUGUUUGAUACUUCACGAUCCUUUUAUACGUGCUCUGUUGAAGCUUGAAUUGUAGUAAUCCGCCCAUCAUGUCUGUACCCUACGACCUCCUCAAGAACACCCCCAAUGGCCACCUCCCCGCCUCGGCCAGGGUUCCGGCCAUCGCGCGGCCGUUUGUCAGCGAGAGGGCGUUGAAGACGCUGGAUAUCGUCGAGAAGUUCGUCGAAGAAGAAUGCAUCCCCGCCGACGCCGUCUUCACGCGCCAGAUUGGCGAGACGCCCGUCGAGCGCUUCGAGGCGCAUCCGUCCAUCAUCGAGGACCUCAAGACCAAGGCGAAGCAGCUGGGCAUCUGGAACAUGUUCCUGCCCAAGAACCACUUCACGGAGGGCGCGGGGUUCAGCAAUUUGGAGUAUGGACUGAUGGCAGAGUAUUUGGGGAAGAGUAUUACGGCGUCGGAGGCUACUAAUUGCGCGGCCCCGGAUACUGGAAAUAUGGAAGUGUUGGCGAAAUACGGCACUGAGGCGCAGAAGAGGAAGUGGUUGGACCCGCUGCUGGAGGGCAAGAUCCGGUCUGCGUUCUUGAUGACGGAGCCCCAGGUUGCUUCGAGUGAUGCUACCAAUAUUGAGAUGUCGAUACGGAGGGAAGGGAACGAGUACGUUCUCAACGGACAGAAAUGGUGGAGUUCAGGAGCGGGAGACCUCCGUUGCAAGAUCUACAUCGUCCUCGGAAAGACAGACCCAAACAACACGAACAAAUACGCACAGCAAUCGGUCGUCCUCGUUCCCAAUGACACCCCCGGCAUCACCAUCCACCGCAUGUUGUCCGUUAUGGGCUUCGACGAUGCCCCUCACGGCCAUGGUCACAUCUCCUUCGACAACGUCCGCGUGCCAGCGGAGAACAUGGUGCUGGGUGAGGGCAAAGGUUUCGAGAUCAUCCAGGGCCGUCUUGGACCUGGCCGUAUCCACCACGCCAUGAGGAGCGUCGGUGCCGCCGAAAAAGCCCUCGAAUGGUUCCUCGCGCGCCUCAACGACCCCCGCAAAACCCCCUUCGGCGAACAGCUCCACAAGCACGGCAUCAUGAUCGAGCGGGUCGCCAAGUCGCGCAUCGAAAUCGACGCCGCCCGCCUCAUGGUCCUCAACGCCGCCAUCAAGAUCGACGAGUCCAACGCUAAGGGCGCUUUGAAAGAAAUCGCCGAAGUCAAGGUCCUCGUCCCCACCAUGAACCUCACCGUCAUCGACCGCGCCAUCCAAGCCUACGGUGGGGCGGGCGUGUGCCAGGAUACGCCGCUCGCGCAAAUGUAUGCGCUGGGCCGCACGAUGCGGAUUGUGGAUGGGCCGGAUGAGGUGCAUGUGCUGCAGCUCGGCAAGAAUGAGAACAAGAAGGGCCCGGCGCAUAAGGCGAGGAUUGAUGCGCAGAUCAAGCGGGGGCAGGAGCUGUUGGGGCAGUAUGGCAUUGAAGUUUCGGAUCCGUUGCAGAUUAAUCGGGUUAGUGGGCAGACGAGUAAGAAGAGUAAGCUGUAGGUAGGGUGCGGUUUGAUUGAAAUUUGUAUAAUUUUGAAAGGAAAAAUUUUAUGGUGAGAUUGAGGUGUAUGAGUAGCGACUGGGAGUGUAGAGUGUGCUGCGAGUGUUUUUUUUUUGUUAUUGAUUGAGUCCCUCGAUGCUCUCUUUAAAGUGAUAGGGAACGUGAAUAACCGGUCGCGCAGGGCAUGGAAAAGGUGGCGCUCUAGUUCUAGAGCAAGGCUGUCUUGUGUCUACACCUGUCUGGCACUGCUUGGGGUGCUUCAACAGGUUUCCACGUAGCCCAAGGUGAAGGGCUUCUGUCUCGUUUGAACUCCUGAAAAUGUAUUGAAGCACCCCAAGCAGCGGCAGACGGGUUGUACACAGACGGUCCAGGCACACGUGAAAUGACUCCACGUCAGUUGCAAACGGUCUGCCGUAACUCAGUCACCGGGCCGGCGUUCACCUACAACAAACACCGACAGAGGGAACAGAC